AUGGCAGCCUUCCUCUCCGCGGGCCUCGGGGUACUGGCAGCUUCAGAGACCUGCCCCCUGCCCGCGAGCAGCUCCGGCUGGGAGCCCCGGCUGGCUCCCCCGUUCCCGCCCGGCCUCCCCGCCGGCUCCGCGGGGGCCCGGGCCAUGGCGGAGCCCCCCGGGCAGGGCCCCAAGAACCCGCACGUGUCCGGCGUGACGGUGCAGCUGGAGAUGAAGGCUCUGUGGGAGGAGUUCAACCAGCUGGGCACAGAGAUGAUCGUCACCAAGGCGGGCAGGAGGAUGUUUCCCACCUUCCAGGUGAAGAUCCUGGGCAUGGACGCGCUGGCCGACUAUGCGCUGCUCAUGGACUUCGUGCCCCUGGACGACAAGAGAUACAGGUACGCCUUCCACAGCUCGGCCUGGCUGGUGGCGGGCAAGGCGGACCCGGCCACGCCCGGCCGCGUGCACUUCCACCCCGACUCGCCGGCCAAGGGCGCGCAGUGGAUGCGCCAGAUUGUGUCCUUCGACAAGCUCAAGCUCACCAACAACCUGCUGGACGACAACGGCCACAUCAUCCUCAGCUCCAUGCACCGCUACCAGCCGCGCUUCCACGUGGUCUUUGUGGACCCGCGCAGGGACAGCGAGCGCUACGCCCACGAGAACUUCAAGUCCUUCGUCUUCGCCGAGACCCAGUUCACGGCCGUGACGGCCUACCAGAACCACCGGAUCACGCAGCUGAAGAUCGCCAGCAACCCUUUCGCCAAGGGCUUUAGAGAGAGUGACCCAGACUCAUGGACCGCGUCUGCACAGCCCCUGCUUGGCGUCCCCGCCCGGAGCCGCAGCGGCCUUGGCCCCUGCCCCCUGACAGGCUCCACGGAGCAGGAGAGAGAUUCCAGCAAAGCUCCAGCUCUCGCCGCCAGGACCCCCGCUCAGCUCCACCCCCCGCUGCUGGCCACCCCGGAGGCUCUGCUGGCCCCUGCCGCCCACCGGGCUCUCGCCUACCAGGACCUGUACCCCGGAGCCUCAAGCUCUCUGGGGAUCCCAAGGGCCCGGCCCACACCGUAUCCCCUCCCCAGCAUCCAGGCUGGCAGGGAUGAGGGGGGCCUGCGCCUCCAAGCUGGGCUGGGGCUCCUGUCCCCCACUGCCACGUGCCUGAGGUCCCACCAGGACCCUCAGUGA